AAAUGGGCUUGCAGUGUAUACAAAACUAUGUUCAAUGUUUGUCAAUGAAAAAAAUAAACAAAUAUUAAAUAUAAAAAGAGAUAAAAUAAUGAACACUGGUAAUAAAUUCAUUUAAAUAUUCAGGUAUGAGUGAAUCUAAACAAUUCGAGAACCAUCCAGUAAAUGAUGAGCUCAGUUCAGAAGAGGAAUGGUCAGAAUCCAGUUCUUAUUACUCUGAUUCUGAUAGUUCAAUUCCUGACUGGGAUUCCUCAGUUGAUGAAAGGACUGGAGAAGUAUUGUAUAUAGAAUGUCAUCCCUUUGUUACACAAAAUAUAAAAGAAGAUUCCUCUACUCAAACAAAUACAUUCGUAAGGAACAAAUCCAGACGUAGCACAAGAGGAAAAUUUUUAAAAUUAUUAAGAAGACGUGAAAGUAAAAGAUAUAGUAAACGAAAUGCCAAAGUGCAGGAACCAGAAUCUCAUACGUCUAAUAAAGUUAAAUUUCAAGACUUUCAAGAAGGCGAAGAAAGAGAAGUGUUACUUACUGUACGAAACGAACCCUCGCACAAAAACAACAUAUCAACAGAAGCUCUCUUUGGAAUAAAUGUCAGUACUCUAUCAGACGGCUUGAGAUUGAUGGUUGCUGGAUUUUCAAACGAUAGCAGUGCGAAAUAUGAUAAAAACAUAAAAAUAGGAGAUUGGUUGAAAAGUGUGAAUGGUAUUGAAGUGGACUGUCAUAAUAUUGUUCCUGUGUUGCAACAGAUAUCAGGUUAUAAGGAAGUUUUGAUGAAGUUACAGAGGGUAGCUGGUGUUGAAAUAACUAAAGAUCCCCCAAUUAACGUUUUGAACAAUCAGUCUCAUUUUGUUAGACAACUUGUAUCUUUCAGCCAAGAUGAUAAUGAUAGGAUUCAAGAACAGAUGUGUGGAUUUCCAGUUGGAUUUCUCUAUUUAGACACAGACAAUAUGGAUGAAUCAGCGUCGGAGUACCAAAAUGUUAUAUAUUGUUAUCCCAGACCUUUGCAAAAGAACAUUUUAUGCAGUUCAAAGGGUAUAUUCAUAACGUUGAAUCACUUACUUAAAGACAUCACAAAAAAUCACACUAAAAUCACUUCAUUCACAUACAACAAGACUUUAUGUCAUACCAGUUAUUUCCAGUCUGAUAAACGUCUCUUGUUAUUGACUCUACCUGAUAAUUGCGCUAAGAUGAGUGAGAUCGAGUUGAUGACAUCAGAAAUUGUCAGGAUGUUGAUAUUCACUUACAACACUCUAGAGGAUUGCUUUCAAAGUGAGAAUCUCCAUCAUGUCGAUCAUAUUCUCUCUAUGUUUUUCGUUAGGAUGUUAAACUGUGGGGUUUGGCCUGGAGAACUGAAAGUGCCGGAUAGUUAUCAGAGUAUUCCACCGAGCGAUUAUGUGUUUGAAGAUCUUCUUCCUGCUGUCCAUAGUGUGGAUUUGCCGAAUGAGGCGAUUGUUCAAGUGGAGGAUGCUUUGACCGAAUUGGAGGCUUGCGAUUACAGAGAAUGGAACGAAGAACCAUUGGAUUGCCAACGGAUAUUCACAGUACUUGGUAGUGCAUGGUACCACGCCGGAUAUCUCAUUACCUCUCAUUUCAUACAUGAAGACCUCGUAGACAUCCACUCCUUCUGCAAACAUCAGGGAAUACUACACUUGUCCAAAACCGAACCAGUCAAGACCCUCAUAUUAUGGAGGGAGGUAUUUCCCAGUUCUUGUAGAAAUCUGACCGAUCCCAUAUUCAAUAUACCCGAAGCCAGGAGGUAUCUACUGGUUGUUGGCACUAAAAAUGAUUUGUUGGCUGUAAUAAUGGAAGCCGGAGGAUGCACUGAAGCACCAGAAGAAAAUGCUGCCCCUGAACCAUUCUACGUAGAAGAAGUUCAGGCUACUCUAUCCCAUAUCCAAGAACUAGGCAUACCAGAAUUGGCAGAUCGAUUCUUGAACAUGAAUCCAGGCACGCAAGUCACCCUACCAAUGGCUCCAACGACCAAUAAAAAGAUACUCGAUGUUCUUAACUUUGUCAAGCCACAACCGGGGCACUUCAGGGAUUCCUAUUUGACCACUAGAAAGCAAGAGGUGACCUCCAUCCUGAAAAAGAGGGGCAAUGAUCAAUCUCAAAUAUACACCAGUUCUUAUUCCUUAACCGAAGAUACCUACGAUGUAUGUUCAGAAGACAGUGGUAGUCAAGGUUGCGGAAGUGAGUUCAGCGACGAUCCCGUAGUAGGUCAAAAGGCACAAAGAAGAAACAGAUACGAUUCUAACAGUGAAGAAUCGGAUAGCGAGGAAACCGCUGAUGGCAGUCAAAUGAGCAGUAAUAGUUUUGAUGUAGCAGAAUUGAAACAGAUGCUGUUAACAGAAACCGAAGGCAUCCAACCCAUACAGAUAACAGCUGGCCCUUCAAAUGUACUCUACCACUUUGUGCAGUUCGACAAACUGGAGGGCAUCCUUUUGAGCCCCCCUGAAUGCAGAAUUGAAUCUACCACCCGUAAAACGGUCCUCUCCAACUUCAGAAAGUGUUGCCAGCAUCUGCAUAGCCUCUUCCAGAAUACCAUCAGAUUUAAGAACAUGGGUAAUCAAGAAAUGACCAAAACGGCAAUCAACAAAAGUUUGAUUGCAAUAAAAGAACAGGGGACGAUGUUUGAAUGUCCAUCUUUAGAUGAGAGAGAUCCGAAAAAGAAUAGAAUUUGUUAUUGGGUCGUAGGGAGACUCUUCUUCACACCUCACAUACGGGAAAUGUAUGUUUGUUACAAUGAUUCAAUUCCUCAGAACAUGAUUGAAUUAGCCUUCAAACUGAAUUUGGGGUUUGGUGAAUAAAAUUUUGAAAAAUAUGUCAUAUUUAGGAUUUAAUUUUUUGGUACUAAUAAAUUUUCAACCUAUUA